AUGACCCAGCCAAUAGAUGAUAAGGAAAAGGAACUGGUCUCAAUAAUAGCAAGGUCCGACAGUAACGUCAGCAACAGCAAUAUUAAUAUUAGUACCAAUACCAAUAUUAUGGGGCCACCACCAACUUCUUCUGUUGCCGUUAGAAGUACCGUUCAAAAUGAUUUGGUGCCUACCAGUACUAACAACAACAAUACAAUACCGACUCAAGGAGGCAAUACUCAAAGAUUGGCAAGUAAUGGUAGUGUAAUAAGUCCAACGUUAUGUUCUCAAACUACUAAAUCAAUCAUGAACGUUAGUGGUACCUCUGGUGCUGUAGUUAAUAAUACUCCAGAACCUGGUUUGAAAAGAAUCCCCACAGUAACUUUCCAUGAUCCUAAAUUUUCGGCAUCAGUAUCUCUGAUAUCAAACCAGGUACCAGUGAAACCUGAAACCCAAGAUAUUAAUGAAGUUAAUAUCGUGGGUCCAGGUGGUAAAUUAAGUAAACUUAAUACUACUAAGGUAACAAGUCAUGAAAAUACAAUCGAUACUCCAUUAACUAUGUUAACAAGUCCCACAUCAAUUUUAUCUAGUUCAAAUACAUCAAUUGCUACAACAACAACUUCAAAUAACAAUCUAAAAGAUUUAAACAAGCAAAAUAUAAAUAUGACGAAUAAAGGAACGCUUGAAUCGGUAAUGGCAGACGCGUUUACCGCCGACCAUCCCCAUUUCAUCGUGGAGGACUCAUUACAUACCCCAACAGCAAUCAGAUCAAGAUCCAACAGUAAUAGUACUAGUCCACCUGCAUCAAUCAUGAUGAUUCAAACAAAUGGUAGUCAAGGGAAAUUAGAUAGAGAAGCUUCCAUAAUUUCAAGAGUUAGUGAACCAACUCCAUUAGAAUCUGUCCUUGAAGAGCCUACAAACCAUUUAUCUGUUUCUACUUCUACGACGAUGAUAAAAGAAAACAAACCAACUGAGCCAAUGCUUCAGAAAAAAAAUCUAGAACAAAAUAAGAAUAUUACUACUACUACCACUACCAAUGCUUCUGCGGGUCCUCAAUCAGUAGCACCAAAUAUUCCCAAGAGAGAAACAGGGAAAAACAUUGAACCAAGAUUACCACAAGAUGAUGGUAAAUUACAUAUAUUAUUCGGUGCAUGCGGGACGUUAUCAGUUUUCAAAAUCAAAGGGAUGAUUAAGAAAUUGGAAGAAAUUUACGGUAGAGAUAAAGUUAGUAUUCAAGUUAUUUUGACUGAGGAUGCUACGAAAUUCUUCACGAGGAAAUCCGUGAAGAAGAAUUGUAACAAUAACAAUAGCAACGCCAAUAUUAUGAAUAAUAAUGAUUGUAAUGAUAUUGCAAGUCCAAAUGAUAUUGUACGAAGAACUGGAUCUGAAGCAUCGAUGAUAUCAAGGGUAAGUUCCACUAGUGGUUCACUUCCGAGUACACCAAUGAUACCAUUCAAAUCCUCGUCGUCACCCACAGCAAAGAUUGAGAUCCCACCUCAUAUUCAAUUUUGGACAGAUCAAGAUGAAUGGGAUGUAUGGAGACAAAGAACAGAUCCAGUGUUACAUAUUGAAUUACGUCGUUGGGCAGAUAUUCUUGUUAUUGCACCAUUGACUGCGAACAGUUUGUCAAAGAUUUCAUUGGGAUUAUGUGAUAAUUUAUUGACUAGUGUUAUUAGAGCUUGGAAUCCAAAUUUCCCAAUUUUUUUAGCACCUUCAAUGGUUAGUAGUACUUUUAAUAGUACAAUGACUAAGAAACAAUUAAACAUUAUUAAUGAAGAAAUGCCAUGGAUAACUGUUUUUAAACCAUCUGAGAAAGUUAUGGAUAUUAAUGGUGAUAUUGGUCUUGGUGGGAUGAUGGAUGGUAAUGAAAUUGUAGACAAGAUUGUAAUGAAACUUGGUGGAUACCCUGAAGAUGAAGAUGACAAUGAUGACGAUGACGACGAUGAAGAAGAAGGAGAGGUAAAGAAUAUUACGGAUACAGAAGCUGACGAUGAUGACGACGAGGACGAGGACGAGGACGAUGAUGAUGAUGAUGAAGACGAGGAUGAAGAUGAAGCGGCACAACAACAAGAAACAAAUAGUUAUCUAGAAGAAGAUAACACUGUAAAUAUAUAG